AAUCUGCUAAAUUAUAACAAAUAAUUUGAAUAUUUUCAGAAAAUCUGCAUUUAAAAUGCCUCCACUCACAGCAUGUUCAAGAUUGCUUUGGAGUGUAAAGAAACAGAAUUUUGAUCUGGCAAGAUGCUUUUCCAUCAGCCAGUCUGUUCUAGGUCCACAGUUCCUAGGAAGUCCAGAAGAAGCCCUUCAGGUAUCUUGUGUGGAUGAUUUUGGUCUCGGACUACUCUUGAAGCAGAAGCAGAUCAAGAGGAUGAUUGCCUCAUAUGUUGGAGAGAAUGCGGAGUUUGAAAGACAAUAUCUCCAGGGAGAACUAGAGGUUGAGCUAACUCCGCAAGGUACACUCGCAGAAAGAAUCAGAGCUGGAGGGGCCGGGAUUCCAGCUUUCUUUACUCCUACUGCAUUUGGAACUCUGGUACAUGAAGGGGGAUCUCCCAUUAAGUAUAACACAGAUGGGACCAUAGCUAUACAUUCUGAGAAAAGAGAGGAGCGGGUUUUCAAUGGUAGAAGCUAUAUAAUGGAGGAGGGGAUUACUGGUGACUUUGCGCUUAUCAAGGCCUGGAAAGCGGACAAGGCUGGAAACCUUAUCUUUAACAAGACCGCUAUGAACUUCAAUCUACCAAUGUGCAAAGCAGCAAAGAUGACCAUUGUUGAGGUUGAAGAAAUUGUAGAAAUUGGAGAAAUUCCCCCAGAUCAGGUUCAUAUUCCAUCCAUUUAUGUUCAAAGAGUGAUUAAAGGAGAAAGCUAUCAGAAGAGGAUUGAAAGAGUGACCCUUUCUGAGACAAAAUCAGAUAAACCCUUGAGCCCUGCUGCCAAGUUGAGGGAGAAAAUAGUUCGACGAGCAGCUUGUGAGUUCCAGGAUGGGAUGUAUGCAAACCUGGGAAUUGGAAUGCCAAUGUUGGCCUCAAACUUUAUACCAGACGACAUGACAGUCCAUCUUCAGUCUGAAAAUGGUAUACUUGGUCUAGGACCAUUCCCAACCAAAGAUCAGGUUGAUCCAGAUCUUAUCAAUGCCGGAAAACAAACUGUAACUACAAUACCAGGAGCUUCCUAUUUCUCUAGCGAUGAAAGUUUUGCUAUGAUCAGAGGAGGACACGUCCAUUUAACUAUUCUUGGAGCUAUGCAGGUGUCCCAGAAUGGAGAUCUUGCCAACUGGAUGAUCCCUGGGAAAAUGGUGAAAGGAAUGGGUGGAGCCAUGGAUCUAGUUGCAGCAGCAGGAACUAAGGUUGUGGUCACAAUGGAACACACUGCAAAGGGAGGCAAACACAAGAUCCUGGAGAACUGCUCCCUUCCCCUUACAGGGAAGCAGUGUGUUGACAUGAUUAUCACGGAGCUAGGGGUCUUUACUAUUGAUAAAGAUGGAAUCACUCUCAUUGAAAUUGAUCAGGAUACUGAUCUUGAGACAGUUAGGAUAGCUACAGGAUGUACCUUCAAGGUUGCUGACGACCUAAAACCUAUGAGACAAAGAUAAACUGCUUAAAUUUGUUGCAGAUUAGAAAACAAUAGCAAGAAUUCAUAAUAAAAGUUUACUCAAAA